ACGAUAGAUUCGUGUUGUGGGUUAUCAAAGACAGUAAUUGUGAAUCGUGGAGAUAAUGUCAUGAUCAGCUGCAACUAUUCAGAGAAACAUAAAAAUUAUCCCAAAAUCAUGUUUAAAAAAGAAAAAGCCUCCAUGGAGUUGAUUCACACCACUGAGACAUGGGGAAAUAAAAAAUAUUUUUCAGAUGACAGGAAAGAAAACCUCUUCAGUGUGAGAAUCACUGCUGUGACACCAGAUGAUGGAGGAAUGUAUUUGUGUGGAGUUUGGAUCGACAGACACUCGUACAGUUACUGUAUAAUUAAUACUGUUUAUCUACAUAUUAUUAAUAAAUUGAAUGUGUAUAAAGUGAGCAGUUACUCAGGAGGUGGUCUGAUGAUCAAGUGUGAACAUCCUCAAUACAAAACCAAACCAAAAUACAUCUGUAAAGAAUCAGACGGAUGUUCAGAGAGGAAGAAUCCAGGAGUUCAGGAUGAAUGGAUGGAGAAUGGAGAUGUUUCUUUAUAUGACGACACCAGAGCAGGAGUCUUGAUGGUGUUUUUUAGAGAGCUGAAAGCUGCAGAUGCAGGAACAUACAGGUGUGGAGUGAAAGAAUCUGACUAUACUGAGAGCUUCACUGAACUACAGCUGAGCGUCAAACACGAUGCAAAAUAUCCAAACAGCAUGACUGAAUCUGUGUAUCUUGGUGAAGAAGUCAACAUCUCCUGUCAGAUCCCAGAGGAACAUAAAGUUCAUUUCUGUAAAGAGGAUAAUAAUCACAUCUGCCAGAACAUCAGCUCAUCUAAAGUGACAGAAAUGAGUGGUUCAUCAGAGAGAAAUGAAGAGAGAGUUGUUACAGUGAGCAUCAGUAAUGUGAGUGUGAGAGAUGCUGGAGUUUACUGGUGUGGAGCAGAAACCAGAGACACAUAUCUGUCUUUCAUCUCCCUGACCACUAAAAUUCAGCUCAACCUCAUCAUGCCUCCAGUAGUGAGACGUGAAGGAGAGUCUGCUGAGAUCUUCUGUCCUUAUGAUUCAAUCUAUAAAUCAAAGCCAAAGUCUCUCUGUAAGGGGAAGUGCUCCACUAGAGACAGAAAUCCUCUCAGUGAGACUGUGAGAGAAGAGAAAGAGACCAAGACUGACAGAUUGACUCUGAAAGAUGACGUCACUGCAAGUGUCUUCACUGGGAGCAUCACUGCUCUGACAGCAGAGGAUGCUGGGAAAUACUGGUGUGCAGUGACAUUAGAAACAGAGCUCAAUUAUCUUCACACUCAUCUGAUGGUCAUCAUGAACGAGGAGCUGAACUUGACUAAGUAUGAAAGAGACGACGUGUCAAUCCAGUGCAAACAUCAGGAUGAAGAUCAGAAAAGCUUCUGCAAAGCACAUGAAGCCUCCAUGUGUGUGAAGGAUGGAGUUUCAUUGGAGACGAUCAGAGAUGAUCGAUUCUCUUUCAGUGAUGAAGCAUCUGCUGGAGUCUUUACUGUGAACAUCACUGAUCUGAGAGAAGAGGAUUCUGGGAUAUACUGGUGUGGAGAUCACGUCAUCACUGAAGUGCAUUUAAACAUCAAAAGGGAUUUCUCCAUGAUCAUCAUUAUUAGUGUGUGUGUGAUUCUGCUGCUGAUCGCUGGAUUCACUCUGACUGUGUGCAAAUUAAGACACGAGAGACAAGGUGACGCUCACUCACAGUCACCCACAAUCCCCUCUGAUGGACUCCUGUACGCUGCUGUCAGUUUCCAGAAGCAUCCAGAAGAGUCUCUCAGUGAAGCUACAGUCAGAUUCAGUAAGAAUGAGAUUCACUCUGAUUACACCACGAUCAGUCAUCGCGUGAGACUCAACUAACUAUAACAGAUCACAGAUCAUCUCAUUACCAAGGAUAUUUUAAAAACAGACACUGUUUUUUUUUCUUUUCUUUUAAAUUUGUUACAUUCACAAUUCAUUUAUAAAAAAUUGACUCAUGA